AAAUUCUUCUAUAUAUAAUUUGCUUUCAUACCCUUUUGUUUCUCGCACAAACUAAUCCUUCAAUGGCAAUUGCUAGCUUUGCCAAGUCAGCCAAAUGGCUAUCAAAAAAGACUCUCAAGCUAAUCACCACCCUCCUUCUCCCUACACCAAAAACCACCACAAAAGACGAAUUUCGACAAGUUUUUCAUUACUUUGACAGCGACGGCAAUGGAAAAAUUUCUAGUGAGGAGCUCAUAGCUUACUUUGAGUAUAUAGGCGAGUCCAUGUCGCACGAUGAGGCUCAAAGAGUGAUAACCGAGUUUGAUAAAGAUGGCGAUAAUUUACUAGAAUUUGGAGAGUUUGUUCAUUUGAUGCAAAGAGACAGCGAGGGUGACGAUGAUCUUAAGAGGGCUUUUGAGAUGUUCGAGGUUGAGAAAGGUAGUGGGUGCAUCAAACCAGAAGGGUUGCAGCAAGUUCUUAAUCGUCUAGGUGAAGCGAAAUCGAAAGAAGAGUGUAAGGCUAUGAUAAGAGUGUUUGAUCUUGAUGGCAAUGGAAUGCUUGAUUUCUAUGAAUUUCACAAGAUGAUGACCCCAGUCACUUGAAUCCCUCACAUGCAUAUGUUUGUACUAUACCUAUAGGACAUGUUUGGUUGACAUGAUUAGAGUGUGAGAUUUGAAUUAUUAAUCCGUAGACUAAAUAAUUUUGUAUUUGUUUUGAAAUUUUGUUUCAAGAUUGUUAAUUUAGUGGAUAAUUAAUCUAACAAAUUUGUAAGAUUAUUAAUAAUGGGAUAGGGUUGGAAUUAUAUAACUUGAGCUUGGAAAUAAAAUAAAAAGAC